UGUGUGACGUCACCAGGAGCCAAAAUGGCUGAAAGGGGACUGGUUUACCAUAGGAGUAAAUAAAUCAGCGUCGGAAAAUUGCAUCUAUCUCACCAACAAUACGACAGCAACAAACUUGUUUAUAUCCAACGUGAUUUCCGGGAGCCAGGAGAUUUGUUUACCUGUCGUAGGUGGCUGUCAUGUUUUGUUUACGGUUCAGUUAAUAUAGGGAACUCAGAUACGCGGAAGCCUGUUAGCCACUUAGCCAUCACUACAGAACAGAACUAAUCUAAAUAUCACCUAGUUUGACUGGACUGAAAGAGUCUGUCGCUGGAGGGAUUAAUUAACUGUCGCCGUGAGUCACUUCAUGCCCAGUGUACGUGUAAUAUAUUGCGGUUACGUAGGAGUGUCUUACUUUAGCUAAGAAUCUUAGCUGUCAUGGUAGUUUACUGCUAUGGUCAUUGGUUACUAGCAUGUGAACGUUCCGAGCUCACCGGGUAAAUGAUAAACCAGUUUCCUUAAGAUUGUAAAAGGUGGUUUUCACGUCACGUCGCUGUGAAUCGGUAGGGCUCGACGUGAUUGCGGCUUUUCUCGGUGCUGAUUUGGGGAUCUGCUGACUGCUGCGGAGGGCACUUCAACUGAACCGUUUGAUGCAUCAUUGGGUGAAUCGUGUGUCUCGAUGGCACAGGACUGACACAGGCACACACGCCAAUACUUCAGAGUCUACCUGUUGACACCCGCACCCAACCCAAGAUCACGAUGAUGUCGGGGGCCGGGGGCAGAACAGAAUGCAUGUGGAAACGACACAUUGCGGAACAGCUGAAGCUGAGGGAUCGUGUGCAGAGGCAGGCCUUUGAAGAGAUCAUCCACCAAUAUAAUCGCCUGCUGGAGAAGUCUGACUUACAAGCUGUUCUGUCAGAAAGACUACAAACAGACAAAUUCGAUCUCCAGAACAAGCAGGACCUCAGCCCUGGUUCUGAUUCGAGCCGCAGUGAUGCCCUCUUACAGGAAAUUCAACAGAUUCGAAUUCGACACCAGGAAGAACUGACGGAGCUUCACAAGAAACGAGGGGAGCUUGCUCAGAAUGUGAUCCAGCUUAAUAACCAGAUGCAACAGAAGGAUAAAGAGAUUCAGAGCAAUCAGGUCAAGAUGCAGGAGUACCAACAGAGGAUUGAAGAGCUGGAGGGAGAGUGCAGAGACCUGCGCACAUCCCUGCAGGAACUGGAGCGAGCCAAUCAGACACUGAAAGACGAGUACGACGCCCUGCAGAUCACGUUCAGCGCCCUGGAGGACAAGCUGCGUCGCACCACCGAGGACAACCAGGAACUCGUGUCCCGCUGGAUGGCUGAGAAAGCGCAGGAGGCCAACCGGCUAAACGCGGAGAAUGAGAAGGACUGCAGACGUAGGCAGGCCAAACUGCAGAAGGAGCUCGCGGACGCCGCAAAGGAGCCGCUGCCCCUCGACCCGGACGAUGACAUUGAGGUUCUGUCAGAGGAGGCUGCAGAGGUGCCAGCAGAGGGCUCACCCAGCCGCAUGGUAUCCCGGACCCCCAGCAAGCGGCAAUCCCAGGCUCCUCCCCAAGCUGGACUCCUGGACUCCAUCUCCAGCAUGUUUGGCAGACGCCGCUCCGUGAACACUUCCCCCGAGAGCACAGACACGCACGUGGGGGUCUGCGCGGAGGUGCGCGUCCCAUCGACGGCCCAGCACGUCUUCGACGCCCAUGACGGUGAAGUUAAUGCAGUCCGCUUCAGUCCGGGAUCUCGUCUCCUAGCAACAGGCGGCAUGGACCGCAGGGUCAAGCUUUGGGAAGUGAUCUCAGGUCGCUGUGAGCUGAAGGGAGCCCUCACUGGCAGCAACGCAGGGAUCACCUGUAUCGAGUUUGACAGUGCAGGCUCAUUCCUGCUCGCCUCAUCCAAUGACUUUGCCAGCCGCAUCUGGACGGUGGAUGACUACCGAUUGCGGCACACGCUGACGGGACACAGUGGGAAGGUGCUCUCCGCCCGUUUCCUGCUGGACAAUGCGCGCAUCGUGUCGGGGAGCUACGACCGCACGCUCAAGUUGUGGGACCUACGCAGUAAAGUCUGUAUGAAGACAGUGUUUGCGGGCUCUAGCUGCAACGACAUUGUCUGUACUGAGCAGUGUGUCAUGAGUGGCCAUUUUGACAAGAAAGUGCGCUUCUGGGACAUCCGGUCAGAGAGCAUUGUGAGAGAGUUGGAGCUCAUGGGCCGGGUCACUUCCCUGGACCUGAAUCACGACAGGACCGAGCUUCUCACCUGCUCCCGUGACGACCUGGUGAAGAUCAUCGACCUGCGCUGCAACGCUGUCCGGCAGACCUUCAGUUCUCAGGGGUUCAAGUGUGGCUCAGAUUGGACUAGAGUAGCAUUCAGGUAAGGCAUGCUGUGAGUGUCUGUGCCAGUGUCUGUGCCAGUGUCUGUGCCAGUGUCUGUGCCAGUGUCUGUGCCAGUGU